AGGUAUUACCAUACUCCUACAUUUGGAAUAGAUACAAUCUGGCAAUUUUCUAGAAAUAUGUCUAUAAUGAAAAAAAUUGUAGCCAGAGACUUUGAAGAUAUUCUACAGUGUGUCAUACUGGCCUUCAAGGAUUUACUGUUAAAGAAAUAUAAUAAAGUGGUCCUUAACCUUUUAUUCAUCUUAGUAACCUGGCAUGCACUUGCAAAGCUCUACAUUCAUACAGAGACUACAGUUUGGUUCCUUGAGGAGAUAACAACAUUGCUAGGAUACCAGGUACAAUACUUUAAGAAGACUGUAUGCUUGGCCUACAAUACACACAAACUCUCAAAGGAGAUUGCUACUCAAGGACAUUGUCAAGCUGCCCUACUUAAUAAGGGUAAGGUAAAGGGACUAGACACAAAAACAAUCAGAUAUAGUGUGAAAACUAAAACACUCAACAUUAAUAUACUGAAAUUUUAUUCUCUUAGUGUAUAUGCUUCUGUCAUUUGUCAAUUCAGUAUGACUGAUUUAUACAGUACACAAAUUGUUAAG